AUGUUGUCCCUGAGUUGUGCAGACCCCUGGCCUGAGGGCUCGGUUGGGCUGGAGGAAGAGGUGGUAACCGCAGCUGCGCAGGCUGAGCAGCUGGAUGAGAAUUCUGGGGUCUGUGACGCCAACAGCAGCAGCAGCAGUGGUAGUAGUAGUUCCUCCCUCAGUCUGGACGACAGCUUGACCAGCCUCCAGUGGCUACAAGAGUUCUCCAUCCUCAGUGCUAGUGGAGGACAGCAUGUGUCCCCAUCCAACCAGCACCAGCAUCAGAAUCUAUUUGCACAUCAGCAGCUAGUUGGAACAGAAGCUCCAGCUUCACCUUUGGCAGGUGAUCCAGCAUCCAUAGGUAUGCCACUGACUCCUGGCAAACCCACUGCAGCCGCCUUCUGCAGGGUGCCAUCUUUGUCAGCUCUGCCUAGCCUGGUUGCCCAUGGGCACUGCCCAGAUGAGGUUGACUACAAGACUAACCCUCAUGUGAAACCACCUUACUCCUAUGCCACACUCAUCUGCAUGGCUAUGCAGGCAAGUAAGAAAACCAAAAUCACGCUGUCCUGCAUCUACAAGUGGAUCACUGACAACUUCUGCUACUUCCGCCAUGCUGACCCCACCUGGCAGAACUCCAUCCGGCACAAUCUGUCACUCAACAAGUGUUUCAUCAAGGUUCCCCGGCAGAAAGAUGAGCCUGGAAAAGGGGGUUUCUGGAAAAUCGACCCUCAGUACGCAGAACGUCUUCUCAGCGGUGCUUACAAGAGACGGAGGAUGCCACCUGUCCAGAUCAACCCGGCGCUGCAGGCUCGGUUUAGGAUGAACAGCCAACCCAGUUUGGGAGGUUCCAACGGUUUUACGGGGUCACAGACAGGAGGUCUUACCGUCAGUCCGGAGUCCCAUCAGCUUCUCAGAGAGUUUGAGGAAGCUACUGGAGCCGACCAGAACUGGGAUCCUCGUCUCACCGAGGCCACCAUGCUUGGCAGCUGGGUCUCAGGGAAGGGCAGCGGCGGACACAAGAGGAAGCACCCGGCUGGCCGCAGGACUGGGACGGCAAAAGUUCCGCGGCGUUCCAGUUCCCCUCUGCUGUCCAUGGAGGACCAGAAAGAUCUGGGUAUCCUCAAAGGUAACUUCGACUGGGAUGCCCUGCUGGAUUCAGCCCUCAACGGGGAGUUGAGUCUGAAUGAGGGGGGUCCAUUGAGUCCCAUUCCAUGCGAGGAGGACCUGACGGUUCGGGGUACACACAUCAGCCCGCUGGAGGUGCCUGGUGGCGUUGCCGACAGUCACGUGCUUUCGGAAACUCAGAGGAGCAGUGGCAUGGACUUUGAUGAGGAGACAUUUUUGGCCACAGAGUUCCUGCAGAGUCCCUGGCCAGAGGAGGAAGAAGCAGAGAGACCUGACUUCCUCUGCAGUUCCACAGUGAAUAUUGAUCAGCUGUUUGACCUGGGAGAAAGCCUGGGUGGUGAUAUCAGUGGUAAGAUCGAGUCUUUGCUUUGA